AUGAAAGCUGGACUAUUAGUUUUUUUGCUUCUCCAACUCACUGAAUGUCAGCUUCUUGUGGAUUUAUAUUAUAGUGCGUCAACAGAUCUAGAAUUAAAAUCAGUUAUAUUUGAUAAGCUCAAUCAAAAUUACCAAAAUCUGAUAGAAAUCAGAGCAAGACUGAUAAGCUCUUUUAGUGAUUUAGAUUAUUAUGAAAUUAAUCUCAAAAUUAUCGUAGAUUUAACUUUCAGUACUUCAAUUUCAGCAUAUAUUAAAGAAUAUGUAGGAAGGAAUCAUAUAAUUUUGAUUUCAACGCAAGACUUGUCUUAUUCAUAUAGUAGAUGGGAAUUUUUUAGCCAUUCAGCCCAACAGGAUCAUGAAAACGCUCUUAAUAAUUUAGUCUCAUUUUUCAAUUGGAACGUGUUUAUAAUAAUUUCAAACGAUUUAGAUGAGAGUUUUCUUGAAAAAUAUCCAAAUAAAACAGUCAAUAUUUUCUAUUUUCCAAAUACCAGCGACCAAAAUUUGGCAGAUUUAUUUAUAGGCAAAAAAAUAAAGCCAACAGGGAUUCAGAAUUUGGUAAUUUUGAACCCAGGAGAAACCGCCAAUAAAUUAUUAAAAAGCCUAGAAAAUAAAAUAAUCCUUGAUAACGGGGCUGGGGUUAUUUUAGGAAGCCAAAGUAGCUGAAAUGCAAAAUUUGAUGGAUUAAUAGGAUAUACUGAGUCAGGCUUGGAAAAUGCCACUGAUUAUUAUAGCUAUGAAGCUCUCUCAAUUGCAAAAUUAUUAAAUUUAAUCCUCAGCUUUCCAGAUAAUUCGAAUUCGCUUGCAACAAGAGAAUUUUUAGAAAAAAGUACAGUAAAUCAUUAUUUACCUGGAAAUUUCACCAUAAUAAAUAUCAAAAACUCUCAAAAAGUCAACGUCGGCUACAUUUCGCAGGGAUCUUUAGAUUUUUCAAGCACUCUAAUAUUUCCAGGAAAUUCUACUCAAAUCCCUAAUUCCCCAUACACAAAUAUUUCUAUAUGGAUGGGAGACGGAGCUAGCAAUCCUCUAGGGUUUGCCAAUAGCUCUUUUACUGUAGUGAAAGAUGGAGCAAAAUACGCCCUCAAAGCUGCAGUGACUGACCAUUUUCUAGACGGUUUUGAAAUUUGGCAAACUCAUAUAAAUUGCGGAGCAGAAGUAUAUGAGCCCACAUUCUCUUUGAAUUGUUAUAAAAAGUUAGUAAAUGACCCUGGAGUCGCUUACUUACUCCCCCCCUCCGUGAGUGAACAAAACCAUUAGAAAAAUCGCUAUUUUUGCUCAAAAACCCACCCUCCGUGACUGAACAAAAAUUUUUUUAAUAGAAAAAUUUUUUAUGGAAAAAAAUUUUGAUAUAUAAGUGAUAAUUAGUAUAAUGAAAUCUCGAGAUAAUUCUGUUUAAUUUUAAACAAAUUGCGUUUAAAAAACAUAAAUUUUAUAAAAUUAAAUUAAUAUUUGCUUUCCAAUUUUUGCGAAUUAGGAUUUUUUAAAUUUCGAAAAAAAAUACGUUUUAUAAAAAUUUAUAUUUAAAAUGUUUUAUAAAAAAAAUUAGCCCCCCUCCGUGAGUGAACAAAAUUUUUUUGUUUACUCACGGAGGGGGAGGAGUUAGUACACCCAUUCCCAAUAGUAGCGCUUGGAGACAUUACAUCAAUGAGGAUGCUAAAUAUUACAAUACCUUUAAUAGCUGAUCAUGUGGCUGUAGGGGUUCUCGCUAAUAAAACUGAAUAUCCCGAAUUUAUGAGGAUUGCUGGGAACGAUGAUUAUAGGAUUAAUGUAUUGAUGGACUUAAUGUACAUUUUUGGAUGGAAAAAUGUCCUGAUUGUAACAGAAAACUCUACAGUAAGCUGGGUAAUGUAUGAAUAUUUAAAAGCACGCGCUGAGUCCGCCAAUAUUAACAUUGUUAAUAAGCCUGAUAAGAUUAAUUAAAGCAGAAUGGGUCUUAGGUGCUUAUUCUAACCUUUCUCCACCUUUGUUGACUUCAGACUCCGGGCCAUAAGCACCGAUUUGCACUUAGGCCCUAUUUCUGUCGAUGUCAUCAAAAAUGGUGAUGUCGCCAUCUCUCGGGGAGACGCCCCCAGGUACUUCCUUGGGGCAACACCUAGCGUUAGACAUGAUCUAUCCAGGAAUGAAUAUGACAAGACUCCAAAUCCUCCUUCAGAUCUCCAUUAGUCUUCGCAUCCAGAAGUGUAGAGCACUAAGACCUUGACCUUCUUAUCUAUGGCAUAGGGUCAAAUACCCUGCUGUGACGUCCUGACCACACGGACAAAAGUUCCAGGCCCUGUCUUAGACCCAAAAACCCAGAGGGCAUGAGAGAAAUCGGGUCGGAUAAGUCACAGUUAUUUUUGUUUUAAUAAGCCUGAAGAAAUGCAAAUUGUUGAAAAUUACAAUCCCAGCCAUUUUGAUGAGUAUAAAGAAUUAAUGAUAAGUCUCCUGGCUUAUAAAACAAGGCCUCUUAUCCUUAAUAUGGCUCCUCCCUCCUCUUUUUAUUUUUUAGCAGAUAUGCAUAAUGCAGGAAUUGAAAUGGGAGAUUUCAUUCUCUUGUAUCCUAACAAGCUUGCAUUUGCAUAUACAACCAUAUCUGACCCAUCAAUGCUAGAAAGUAUGGCACCAAUUGCUUACGGUGGAAUUGUUAUAAACGAAGCCGAAUGGAUAGGAGAGUAUGGUAAGGAGGUUCUAACUUCCCCUCCCUCUGUGAGUGAACAAAAAAAUCUUGUUCGCUCAUGGAUGAGGUUAAUUUUUUUUUAAAACAAAAUUAUACAGAAAAUAUUUUUAUUUCGAAAUUUAAAAAAAUCCUAAGUCGUAGAAAUUGGAAAUUAAUUUAAUUUAUAAAAUUUAUGUUUUAAAAAGCAAUUUGUUUAAAAUUUAAACAGAUUUAGCUCGGGGUUUCGUUAUAGUGAUUAUCACUUAUAUUUCAAAAUAUUUUUCCAUAAAAAAUUUUUAUUCCUCACGGAGGGUGGGCUUUUAGGCAAAGAAUAGCGAUUUUUCUAAUGGUUUUGUUCACUCACAGACGGGGAGUAAAGGUUUUUUAAAAGAAUACCCCACUAUAAAUGCAGAUUUUCGGUGUUUUUCUUAUGAUACAGCAAUGCUUAUUUUGUAUGCAUUAAAAUACACUCUAGACCAAGGACAAGAUGUGUAUAAUUCCAGUCUUUUUAAUACCUAUUUAAGGCAGCAAAGAUUUUUAGGCUGCUCUGGGACUGUUUCGAUUAAUUCUCAGUCAAAUGAUAGGAAUUCAGCACCUAUAGGAAUUUAUAAUUUAAGGUAUGACAGUCAGUAUAAUAUUUUAUACGAACAAUUAAUAGGGGCUUAUGACCUAGGGAGUUUACAAUUGUUUUCUUUUUAUGAAGAUGCUAUUUGGUAUAAUAAUAAAACAAAUACACCUUCAGAUACAGUUGAAAAUGAAAAUGGAUGCCCCUUUAAAAACAGUCAAAUUGAGUACUCGGCAAAUGGUGCGGGGAUUUUAUAUGGAAUUUCUAUUGGAAUUGCCAUUCAUACGAUUGUAUUAGCAUUUUAUAUAUGAAAAAAGUGAUGAAAUGUGGAAAUCCAGGACAUAAGAGAGCCAAAACUUAUUCAAUUUGAAGAUUAUGUCGCGAUGCUAUAGCCCGAGCUUCCUUUUGGUUUGGGCUAGGAGUUAGUUUUACUAGCUUUUAUUGGCAAAACCAACCCCUAAAUGGCAAAUCCACUGUAUAUUGGAGAUUCUCCAUCUGAUAAGUUGGUUUAACAACAUGCUAGUAAAACAACUCCCUACAACAUCAGUAUAGCCUAAGCCAAAAGAAGGUUCAAGCUAUAAUGAUUUUAAUAGAUUUCUUACAACUUAUAUCAGUCGGGCCUGAUAUAGAGAAUUAUGACAUUUUUACUUAUACACUCCCUCAUUAUACUUCUAUUAAUUGGUCUUCUCAAGGCAAAAACAUGUGACUUCACAUGUAUUUUGCUUUAGUCGGAAUUUUAGCUUGACUCUUAUUCUGUGUGACAAUUAUUUUUCGCAUUGGAGAAAAUACAGAAAAUGAUUUAUUAGGCAAUUGAAAUAUUCUUUCAAAGUUUUCAAUACCAAUUCUUGGCAAUGCACUAUUUUUGCCUUUUAUUUCAGUUUUUUUUAGUGUUAUUCAGUGUGAUCAACAAAUUGGCUCGAAACUGAGUCAAUCAUUUGUACGCAAAGACUGCUCAACUUUCUGCUGAAAAGAUACACACAUAUUAUGGGCGAUCCUUUCUAUAUUAAGCUUAGUCCUUUAUCUGCCUCUUGCAAUAUAUUUUAGGCCUUAUUGAGAACUCUCUCAAGAAUUCAUUAAUAUAAAAACGAGGCCACUUUUUUUGACGAUAAAAAGUAUCUUCCAAGUAUGUAUUAUUGCUCUAACUCCCCCCGUGGGUGAAUAAAACGAUUGGAAAAAUCCCUAUUUUUGGCCCAAAAGCCCACCCUCUGUGACUGAACAACAAUUUUUUAUGAAAAAAAAUUGAUGUAUAAGUGAUAAUUAGUAUAAUGAAAUCUCGAGCUAAUUUUGUUUAAUUUUAACAAAUUGCGUUUUAAAACAUAAAUUUUAUAAAUUAAAUUAAUAUUUGCUUUCCAAUUUUUGCAAAUUAGGAUUUUUUUUAAAAUUUCAAAAAAAAUUAACACCCUCUGAGAGUGAACAAAUUUUUUUAUUCACUCAUGGAGAGGGGGACUAAGUAAAACAGUGAAACCUCAAAGUCAAGCACUCCAUGGACUUUUUUACUGUAUUCUUUUAUUUAUUUUUACAUUUAUUUGUUUAAAAAAGAAGCCUUAUAACGAAAGCCGCAUGAACCUUUGGCAAAUAAUCUCAUAUUUAGCCAUUUUAUGGAGUGUGGGGCUUUCUUCUUUGUAUUGGAUAAUUUCAGCGGUUUCAAUUGAAGCUUGAAUGUUAACAGAGUAUUUAGGCUGAAUUAUUUUAUUCAUAAUUGGGGUUUACCUUCAAAAAUUAUUCUGCCCAUCUAUGCUAUUUAAUGAGCCUGGGGUGAAUGUUGUGAAACUGUUCAGAUUUUCAUUAGGCAGAACUAUAUGCGCUUCUGAAAUUAAUAAAGAUAUUAAAGAACAAGUAAGCAGAUAUAGCUUUCAUUUAAGCAGCUCAAGAGCUUUUAUUGAUGCUAAUAGCUCAUCUCAGAUAGCUAUUUAUAGAAUAGAAGCCCAGCAUCAUUGCACAGAGCAAUAA